UGAAGCAUUCCAAGUUAAAAAAUUGCACCAUAUUUUACACAUUUUUUCGAAACAUUCUCUGUUCAAAUCUCAUCACAUAACCAUGGGUUUUCGUUUGCCUGGUAUCGGAAAGGCAACAUUCACAGGAAGCCAAGUAUCUUCAAAAGCUGUGAACACGCCGAAGGGCUACCUUGCAGUCUACGUCGGAGAGAAAAUGAAGAGGUUUGUGAUCCCCACAUCGUACUUGAAGCAAACGUCGUUUCAAGAAUUGUUGAUUCUUGCCGAGGAAGAAUUUGGGUAUAAACAUCCAACGGGUGGUCUUACAAUUCCUUGUGGAGAAGAAGAGUUCUUAGAGAUCACUUCUCGUUUGAAUUAA